AUGAUCUCACGCAAAUGUGCCAAAUAUGCCGGGAGGAAAACUCCAUAUGUUCUCGCCGUCGUUGGCACAAGCUUUCACCCAGUUGGAGAAAAUGCGCCAGCUUCAAGUUGUUGGCAUGCGUUCAGGGCAGCACAAGCAACCUUGGCUGAUCCUGGGAAUCUUGACUUGAACGACUUGCCAGCAUCAGUGGGAGAGGUCGAAACGUCAUGGUUAACGGCGAACCAACCGUCGGAAGCGAUACAUGAUCUUCUAACGAUUCCCAUGCCCAUGCCCAUGCCCUACGAUGCUAGUCGCAAAGUCAAGCACGGCUUUUUGACCACAUGCGGAGCCGAAAUUCAAGGAACGGGAGAUCAAUACCUACUUCUUUCUCCCGUACCAGCCCAGCAUUCGCUGGGAAUGACACCAGGUUGGAAAUGCUCGAGAGCCGAGCGAGGAGAAGGAGAAGAAGAAGGAGAACCUUCCUUCGGGGGCCAAAGUCGCAGCCUGCCCAUCUGGGAGAUGGCCAAGUUUGAGGAGCUGUGA